UCAGGUUGUGGUUCCGGUUCCGUCGCGGAGACACGUGAAGGUCGGUGAGUUGGUACGGAGUUUGUCUUGGCAAGCGUGGCGGCGUUGGGAUGGAUUCCUCUUCGUCUUCGUCCGCGGCGGGUUUGGGCUCGGUGGACCCUCAACUGCAACAUUUCAUCGAGGUGGAGACUCAGAAGCAGCGUUUCCAGCAACUGGUGCACCAGAUGACGGAACUUUGUUGGGAGAAGUGCAUGGACAAGCCUGGGCCAAAGUUGGACAGUCGGGCUGAGGCCUGUUUUGUGAACUGUGUUGAGCGCUUCAUUGAUACAAGCCAGUUCAUCUUGAAUCGACUGGAACAGACCCAGAAAUCCAAGCCAGUUUUCUCAGAAAGCCUUUCUGACUGAUCUCAGCAUUAACGUCUUUGGAAAAGGAAGCAGAAGAAGAUGAACAUAAGCUGAGAACCAGAGUGGUGUGUCUGAGUUCCUUCUCCCAGGGCUCCCCAACCGGCUAGCGCCACGAGGCGUGUUCUUUGUCCUGUUGCUGGGCAUGUACCUGACCAUAUGCUGGGGAACCUGCAUCAUCCUGCUCAUCAGGCUGGAUUCUGGCCUCCACAACCCUAUGUACUUCCUCAGCCACUUGGUUUCACUGAACAAACAAAAAAAACAAGCAAACAAA